AUGGCUACAAAAUCACUAGAACAUAUUUCAUUCCUAGCACGUUCACUCUAUCGUCGAUUAUGGAGAGCGGGUGGAGCUUCAGUUCUAUAUUCACGUCCAGCGGUUAAAUAUGUACAGCAAAGAAUUCGUGAAGGAUUUGAAGAGUAUCGACAUGAAGUUGAUCAAAGAAUUUUGAAUGAUAUUUUUGAACGUGAUUCUGAACAUGCAUUUAAUGAUCAAGAAAAGGUCAAUGAUACAAAAAUUGAAUCGAAGGUAGAAUCUGAAGGAGAAAUUCAAAAAUCGGAAGAAGAGAUUCGGAAAUCUGAAGAGGUUUAUCAAAAAUUUGAGGAAGAGGUUCAUCAAAAAUCCGAGGAAGAGAUUCAAGAAGGUAAUUUAUUUCAUUAA